AUCACCAGACCCAAAAACAAAUGGCGCCAUUUGUGCGGACAUGUGAUGAUGCCGUAGAUCAGUUUGGCGGCAAAACAUAGUAAACCGUCAACUGACACGUCAAAGUCAAACGUCAAGACAGCGCUUGUGAAUACGUACUCCUUCUCUUCCUUCUGUGGUUUAAGGAAGUUUGCUUGCGAGACCGUUGGGUCAACAACUUGUGUGUGACCGUGAGCGGCAGCACCCGACCGUGUUUGUGAGCACUGCUUUUGUGAUCAACGUGAUACCACAGAACGAUACCGUUACGUGCAUCUGUACGAUGACGCCGUCACGCACUCGGCCCGGAAUAAAACAGUCUACGAGCGUCAGGCGAGUAGCAGAGUACACUGCAUCAAGUUCCACUUGUAGGUGCUUACACAACAGCAAGAGCAGCACUACAAUCGCAACGAUCGCGGGGCUGUUCGCUCCGCGAGUGUGAAGCCGACCUGCCGCGCGCACUUCGUUUCCGUGCAGUCCGCAUGUUGGGACGGCGUCACUUGGCGUCUAAACGCGUCAGUGUGCUAGGAAGCUCGACUGAAGCUUCCAUCGCGCACUGCUGCCAACUGGAAACGCCGACGGUGUCGUAGCGCAAUCAUGCCGGGAGGCCGCAGCGCUUCUGCGUCGCUGUGCCGCCGCAUCGACCAGGACAAGUGUCUUGCGCAAAAGCACGGCAAGUUUCGUAACCUGUACGACCUCUGCUUGUACAAAGGCGACACGCUGCGUGAACAUGGAGACUACGAAGCCGCGCUGGCCGAGUUUGAUGAGGCUUUUCAAGUCUGCGAGGUGCUGCCAGACCAGACACAACUUGACAAAGCCGAAGUGCAUCGGCGACGGGGCGAGUGUCUUAUGCAGCUGGAACGCUUUAAUGAAGCCCAUGACAACCUCAAGAGCUACCUAGCAUUGGCUGAAAAGGCUGAAUCAUAUGUGGAACAGCAGCGUGCCCUGGCAACACUGGGGCAGUGCUACUUCGUUCAGCACCAGACAGAAGCCAAACCCAGCGAACGGCUCAUCAGCAAGGCUAAGAAUGCGUACCUCAAGUCGUUGCGCAUAGUUGAAGACAACCUUGCAGAUACCUUGAGUGAGCCAGAGAGGGUUGUCAUGAAAGGCCGCCUGCUACUCAACAUGGGCCUCCUUUACGAUGCAGUGGAAGACCCCAAAGCUGUUGAGAGCUUUAAGUUCGCGCUUGUACAGUUUAUGAAGCAUCGCGAAUCCAAACAGGAUCUUUGUCGAUGUCUCUCAGCACUGGCCAACAUCCAUCUCAGGCAGGGAAACUCGGAAAAUGCACUGUCGCUGGCAGGACGCCUGCUUGACAUUGGUAGAGAAGCUAAGCGACCGGAUAUCAAAUGUGAAGCACACCUACUUCGAGGAGCAGCCAUGUUGCAGGCAGGAGAUCGUGACGAAGCCCGCGUCACCUUCAAGCGUGCCAUGCAGCAAAAGAGCCCCAUACAAGAGGACCAUGAGCGUGCUAUUCUUUGCGUUAAGCUUAGUCAGGCACUGAGGACAUGGGAUUUGGACCUCAAGGAGACAACAGAUCCUGCCACACGUGUCAGGCUUCACGAAAAGGCUGGUGAUGCUUUGGUGCAGUGCUUGCUAUCCCGGCCAGCCCUGAAGGAAUAUGAAAUGGCCGUAGAAGAAGCUCUCUUGUCUCCAGAAGCCAUCUCAUCAAAGAAGCUCGCUGAUCUCUAUGUCUCCCUAGCAGAAACAUGCAGUGAUGUCCGCGAAUAUGAUUCGGCCCUCAAGUACUAUCGCCUAGAACUUUCCCUGAGAGCUGACGAGCCUGACGAGAUGGCAUCGACAAAGCUGAGCAUUGCUCGGAUGCUUCAAAAGACAUGUGGUAAAAGAGCUCCAGAAGUUCAGGAUGCAAUUCGAGAAGCUAUUACAUUGUCUCGAGCAGCAGGAAAACUCGCUCUGGAGCUUGAGUCCCUAGAGGAGCUGGUCUCUGUGCAGGGCAGCACUGACAGUGAUAUUCAGGAUAGGAUAGAACAGCUCCGUGCAGCCGGUGCAGAUGACACUGAAAGCUCCACCCAAAGUCAGCAGUCAGGCACUUUGUCUGAAAUCGAUCUAGAGGACAUCUCAGACGCCAGCGACAGUGACCCCGAAUUCAGUGACACUGUACGGAGGCCAAGGAAAAAGCUGGAGGAAAAGAUCAACACAAAGGGGGAAACAAAGCUCCACAAGGCUUGCAUCGACGGUUCUUUGAAAAAAGUAAAAGAGUUGCUUAGGAUGGGCCACUCAGUGCACAUCCGGGACUACAGCGGGUGGCAGCCUCUGCAUGAGGCGGCAAACUACGGGUACCUAGAGAUUGUGAAGUGCCUUGUAGAAGCAGGUGCGCAUGUAAGUAGCCCUGGAAUGAAAGGUGUCACACCACUACAUGAUGCCCUGGGAAAUGGGCAUUUCGAGGUUGCAUUAUAUUUACUGGAGAAGGGAGCUCGCCCAUCACUGAGGACAGCCGAAGGGGACACUCCACUGGACAUUGUUCGUAAAUGGAAACGCGACAACCAGUCGACGAUGAACCCCAGUGAAGAAGCAUGCCUGCAGAAGGUGGAACUACGGCUCAAAGAGGCGAAUGCUACAAGCAGUAAUGACGGCUUAUUGUUGGGUUCUGCUGGUGAAGAUGGUCCGUGGAUAUCUUCACAGUCCCUGAAACGCGGACAAGUUGGUCCUGCUCUGGUAAGGGAAGCAGACGACUGGCUUGAAGAUGACCUUUCAAAACCGCAGCCAAAGUCCAGACGCCCAGCAGAAGCAGAGUUGCCUGCAUUGGUGACUGAAAUGGACGACUGGCUUGAAGACGACCUUCCAAAGUCGAGGUCUAAGUCCAGAUGUCUGACAGAACCAGGCUUGCCUGCCACAAGGAAACGAAACCGUUCAUCUGAGCAGUCAUUCUGCUCAAAAGUCAUGCGCCUCGAGGAGGAGGAGGAGGUGAGCAUCACUGAGGACAGUGAUGGCACAGAAGUUGUUGACGCAGCCGACAGUGUUGAGUUCGCAGCACCACCUUCUACAAGUUAUCCUGCCUGUAACACUCUCACUGCAUCCUCGGCUUCUCCCAGUGGUGCCAUGACUGCACCGUCAGGAAGUAAUCUCUUAGUUAGGGUUCGUAUCCUCAACACACUUUUCUUGGUUCCGUUACCCAAGGGCACAGCUUCUGAAAGGACAGUAGGAUGGCUCGCAACAGAAGCUUCGAAACGGUACCAAGAUUUCCAAGGCACGCGACCCAUACUUAGAAUAACACUUCCCGAUGGAGCGUUGCUUGAUCCGUCGGACUGUAUAGACGUCUUAAUGCAUGGGCCACACACUGAAGUCAUCGGACAGGUGGAGUCCUGGGAUUUGCCUCCUCUGGCCGAGCGUUACCAUUCCGAGUGCGAGCGAAAAAAUGUGUCGGCAUGCAUAAACCUUGAAACCGUUCUAGAGCCCUGUGUUGAGAGUGGAGACUUCACAAUGCCGUGCUUCAACAUCAAGAACGUGGAGUUCUUCUUUCGUGCCCUAAGACACCAAGACCCGCUUCACACCCUUGACAUCUCUGGUACUGUUUUGACCCCCACAGCGGCGACAGCAUUGUGCGACUGCCUCACUACACUCCGCUCUCUCAAUCGUCUUUCACUCAAGUGUACAGGCUUCAGGCCGAGCUACCUCAGCACUGCCGUUCAGACUUUACAGAAGGCACAGGUGGAUCUGCCAUGCACGGAGCUGGACUUGAGCUACAAUCCUAUCGGAAGUGAUGGAGGCACAGCGCUGGCCUCACUCCUGAUGCAUGUACCUCAGCUGACAGUUUUGCGAAUUGAAUGUUGUGAUCUCUCUGACCCUGGCUCCUGUCUGCAGGGCUUGAGAACAUUAGAAGCUCUUCACAUUGGGUUCAACCUUCUGAACAGUGACAGGCUCACUGCACUAAUGCCAGUGCUAGAUGUGAAUCCCUUAAAACUUUUGGACCUUUCUGGCUGCUUCACAAAUGAUGUAGCCAGACUAGGAGAACUGCUGGUUAGUUUCCUGUCAAAGGUUAAGUGCAAGCUUACGGAGAUUGGGAUCGGUUGCUGUGGUCUGACAGACAGUGACAUAGAUGCACUGGGAUCAUUGGGGAGUGGCACUCUGUGCAAACUUGAUGUCACAGGAAGCCCUGGUAUCAAGCAUGAGAGCGUUGAGGACCUGUCGCAAAAGCUGUGCGGUGUGAAAAUCUGUUCCGAUCACAGCGCUUAUGAUUGUUGUUUAUAAAAACAGAAGUGCUUAGAAACACGUGUUUAUAUUAUCAAACUGAUGAACUGGUGGGAUGUGCUAGUCAUAGGUGUUAGGAACUGUAAAAAGGCAUGUUGGAAGCAGUGACAUGGCAUUAUGUAAAUUCUUUCAUUUUCAGCUUUGAAGUGUUCACAUCUGCCAUUUCAGUGUGACAAGAAAACUUGCAAGAAUGGCUGCUUUCUUGAUGUCUGCUUAAUGUUAAGAAAUUUGUCACCCAGAAACAACUACCGCACCUUUUUCUUUCAGCGGUGACAGUGUAUAAUGUGUUACAUAUAACCUGUGUUGUUAUAGAAUAAUGUGUAAAAUAAAUUUUUCACCAGCUCA